GAGGAUGACACCGCUCCUGCUGCAGCUGGUGGUGCUCGGGGCGGCUCUGGCGGCCGCAGCCCUGAUACUGGUUUCCUUUGUUGCAUUUAUAACUGCUAUGAAGACACCACACCUUCAUCGACAUGAUGAUGAGAAAUUCUUCCUAAAUGACAAAGGCCAAAAAGAAACUCUCCCCAGCAUUUGGGACCCACCUACUAAACAGCUUUCUGUUGUCGUGCCUUCAUACAAUGAAGAAAAACGGUUGCCUGUGAUGAUGGAUGAAGCUCUGAGCUAUCUAGAGAAGAGACAGAAACAAGAUAGUACGUUCACUUACGAAGUGAUCGUAGUUGAUGAUGGCAGUCAAGACAAGACUUCAAAGGUAGCUUUUAAAUAUUGCCAGAAAUACGGAAGUGACAAAGUACGGGUGCUGACGCUGGUGAAGAAUCGUGGGAAAGGAGGAGCCAUCAGGAUGGGUAUAUUCAGUUCUCGAGGAAAAAAGAUUCUUAUGGCGGAUGCAGAUGGAGCCACUAAGUUUUCAGACAUUGAUAAGUUGGAAAAGGGACUGGAGGAGCUGCGGCCUUGGCCUGAUAAUAUGGCCAUUGCAUGUGGAUCCCGAGCUCACCUGGAGAAAGAAUCAAUUGCUCAGCGUUCCUACUUCCGGACUCUCCUCAUGUAUGGGUUCCACUUUCUGGUAUGGUUCCUUUGUGUCAGAGGAAUUAGGGACACACAGUGUGGGUUCAAACUGUUCACGCGAGAAGCAGCUUCCUGGACGUUUUCAUCUCUGCACAUUGAACGAUGGGCAUUUGAUGUAGAACUGCUUUACAUAGCACAGUUCUUUAAAAUUCCAAUAGCAGAAGUUGCUGUCAACUGGACUGAAAUUGAAGGUUCUAAAUUAGUUCCAUUUUGGAGCUGGCUACAGAUGGGCAAAGACCUCCUUUUUAUACGACUUCGUUAUUUGACUGGGGCCUGGAGGCUUGAGAAGACUAGAAAAAAGAAUUAGCUUAUUUACUGCCUUUGAUUAUAUUCUUACACAUUAUUGUCUCAUUUCAUGUGAAAUUAAAAUUUUGAUUAAAGCUGGAAU